GUUUUGGGUCUAGCAAAAUAUUUCUCCAGCCUUGUCUUCCCAUUGUCCGCCUCGUCACUCUCGAGAAACACAACACAAUAGGAAAUGAAUAAGUAGCGCAUCUUCUUAUAAUAACAUUUUCCCACAGCACUGAAUGGCUACCCAUUACAACAAUUGCGCUCGUCACCAUGGCUUUUCUCGACGGAUACCUCGCUGACAUUUCGCAAUUCCUCAAAACAAAGGACGACGAGAAACUACAGAACUAUCUUCGAGUCGAACCUCCCCUGCCUGAUGACUUCACGCAGCUCAGCCUCGAAUUGAAGAAAUCAUGGCGCGACAGCAGCAGACUCGAGAAGCACGUCGAAAGACUUAUUCCAAUGAGCGACGAUGACAAGGCUGACGAGGGAGGAUCAUGGCCUGGGUUUCUGGCAUUCAUACAAGAAUACUUGGAAUACUGGAGGGACGUCAAUUUUGAUGACUUGGUACGAACACACGACCAAUUGAGCAGUUUGGCAAACUCCUGCAUUACCGCAAUGUCCAAUGCGACAUUGGGUAUUGUGUUGCUUCCAGCUACGAUUCAGUUAUGUACAGUUCUGGCGAAACUUGCGACCAUGUUGGACAAGAGACCAGACCUCACGAGCAAUUUGAACACAAUCACGGACGCGGAGCAAGGCGAGAGGAAGACUUUGGUGGAAGCAACGGCCGAGUUGAUCCAGCGGGCAUUCACAAUUUGCUUGACUGAAAGGACAGCCAACAGGAACGGCGUUAGCAGAGAUGGCAAGCCGGAAGGGAAGAAGGUGGGCAUAUACUCGUUCGCGAAUAUGGUCCUCAAGCUUCUUUUCCAGUGCAGAAAGACACGACUUGCGAAUCAAUUGUUCACGAAUAUCUCUGCGAACUCCCCACCACUCAGUCUAUACCCAGCAAGUCACCGUGUCCAGUUCCUGUAUUAUUUGGGACGCUAUCAUUUCAACAAUAAUCUCUUCUUUUACGCCCAGCUCUGCUUGCAAGCAGCUUACGACCAAUUACCUCGCCUGGCUACAUCCCACCGACGAGCUAUCCUAAUCUAUCUCAUUCCAGCCAACAUGAUUCUUGGCCGCUUCCCUUCUGGAGAAUUUGCCAAUCGACCGGAAGCCGCCGAUUUACUGCCAAUAUUCAUGCCCGUGGUAGCCGCCAUCAAGAAAGGCAAUAUGGUCGCAUUCAAGCACUCCCUCGGCCCCCAGUUAGGGAACGAAAAGUGGCUUUUUCACCACGGUGUCCUACUCCCCUUACUAUCGCGCUGCGAACCCUUAGUCUGGCGGUCUUUGGCCCGGCGAGUUUUCCUCCUCACCUACACCUUCCCCUGGGAUCCAACCUCCAACAAAGCAGCAGUCUUAAACUUGUCAGAUAUGCUCGCCGCCGCCCAACUCUGCCAAAAGCUCCUCGAGGGUUGGAUAAGACCGAUUGACAACAUGACAGAGAUGCAAAACGGCCGCGUUCACCCCAACGCCAUGUUCAUGAAGCGUCCCUCGCUAGCGCCGCCUCCGGAAGGUCGGAAGAAAUUGUCUCCCAAACAGGGAAUUAUUUUCUGCAACAAAAUGCCGCGGAUGCUCGACGUCGAGAGCAUCGUCGCUGGUCUUGUAGCCCAAGGAUUCUUGCACGGAUUCAUGAGCCACGCACAAGGGAAGUUCGCUAUCAUUGGAUCGAAGCAGAAGAAUGGACCGUUGAAUGCGGGGUUCCCGAGUCCGUGGGAGGUUAUUUCGGCGAGAGCUAAGAGUGAGAAGAGAGAUGAGGAGGUUCCGGGGUGGAUUCAGAAGGAGAGGAAGAUUGGGAUGGGCGGUGUUGUGAACCUGUCUGGGAUUGCGAGACCAGUUGGUAGUGGUGGUUGAAAAAGUUCUGGUAGACUGGAUAUGAGAGAUGAAUUCAUGAGGAUGUGUAUGAAUAAGGAGGUAAUGACUAUGGCAGUCAUGCUAUGAUUGGUAAAUCAAUCUUCACGUUGUUGGAGGGAAAUUGUGAUAGAUCUCGAUUUGUAUACAGUGCAAAUACAGUGGAAUCGAGUAACCAG